UAUUCAAUGGCCAAAAAAAUUGUGCCGUUUAAUGGUGCUAAUCUUCAUUAUUCAGGAAAGUUAUUAUAAAUAUAAAAAGUUAUGACUAUACCAAGUGCUUUGACACUUAAAUUUAAGAUUUUUCAAAAAGUGGAGUUAAUCGAUGUGUGCACUGAGAGGCUCAUGUAAGACCGUGAUUCGAAAGUGACCCGGCCAGCGCGGAGCUGUCUCACUCACCACGAGUAGGAGUUUGUCCUUUUCGAAAUGAACUGCGCAUGUGGUGUACAAGACCUGCAAAAAUGUUGUAAUGCCGCAUUCAGGGCCAGCCAAGCCAGCACUGAAAUACAAAACGUCGACCGAAAGGUUGGAGGUUCGCGCCCAGCUUCCAGCGGCAUUCACCAAUGGGUUUUCAUAUGAAAACUUAAGUCCCCUCACGCUGAGUUGAAUAAGGCCCGUCUCGCAAGGUACAUCGCCAUCUAGUGUCGAACUUCCAACCUUGAUUAUUAGGACCAGUUACUGGCACAUGUCCCCCAUUGGGGAUACAGCCAUAAUGAAAGGAAGGAAGGAAAUACAAAACGUACAAGUAAUAGUGUGCCAGCUAAAUAUUUGACAUUGUACAGUGUGUGAACAGCAGCCUUUUACACUCGCCUGUGUCUUGAUAUUUCUCUUUAUGCGGCCUCCACCACUGCAGUACGGAUUCCAGUAUGGUUAGAGCGUUGAGUGUUAGAAUUCAGUGGCGCCAAGUGCCAGACAGCUAAUGUUUAUAUGUAUAUUCAAUAUGGGUGUGUUCUAAAAUUCACUGUCAGUUGUACGUGGUUGUACGCGUAUCCGCCGUCUUUUGUCUAGCUGCGUGCGCAAUAGGUUUUGAAUAUACCUUAUAUGAAAAUAUUUAAAAAAUGGAUGAAUGUAAUGGAUUUAUUGUACAAAAUACGAGUGAAAAAAGUCCUCAAUCGCAGAAAAUAAUUCAAAAACGAAAAUCUGCUAUAUUUCAAAGGCGAUCGCUUGCACCUCCUAUAAUAGAUUCUAAUUGUACUACAAAUUUUAAUGAUGGAAUGAAACAAUUAUGUGACGUUGAAUGUACAAAAGAUAAUGAGAUUGAAGAAGCAUUUAAUUUGCAAGAAUAUAUACAGAGUCUCAAGCAAGAAAGAAAAUUAUGGCAGGAGAAGUUGAGCUCCAGAAAAAGACAACGGAAAGAUCUCACUAAACAGAAAGAUAAUAUAUUGCGUUCUGGGCAAGAUCUUGACUUGAAUGUUCUUUCAGAAAGUGAAAGAUCAUUUUUAUUAGCACGACCAAAUUAUGAACAUAUUUGUAGCAAUGGUAUAAAGUUAAGUGACGUUACAGACAAAGUAGUGAUGUUGAAUAAAUGUGUGCACAGACUGAACAACAUAUUUAUCCAGAUGAUGGAAGACAAAGUUAAGGAUGUUACCAUAACAAUUAUAAGGGAAACUGAUUAAAUUGUAUAUUAUCCAUAAAUUUAUUUAUCAUAUGGUGCAAUUACUUUGUAUACAAUACUACAGAAGCUAAGCUAUAUUUGAAGCAACGGUUGUAACCUUAAUAACUAUUUCUGCACCACUUACAACUGUGAAUAUGCUCCACUGUCUUGAAUUCUUUUCACAUUAUGUGAUUCUAAUCAGGAUUAUAACUUCUUGAUAACUGUCUCAAACUAUUGGUACAUGCAUCUAGUUAUUGUUAAACACCAAAUACAUAAUUGUAUAUUGUAUCAAAUACUUAUAUAUAAAUAUUUUAUUAUCGAGA